AUGAGUUCCGAGAUCAACGCGUACAAGUACAAGCUAGACCAGGGUGUAAACGUGGACUUUGACCAGGAGGAGAACCCUCACAACGUGGCUGGUUUGAUUAAACUAUAUCUCCGCGAAUUGCCUGAGCCUCUGAUGACUUGGGAUAUGUACGACCCCUUUAUUAUGCCACAGACGG